AUGGGGAAGAAAACAAAAAAGAAGAGUCGAAGUUUUGUUAAGCCGGGAGUGGCUGUACCUUUGUUGCCGAAAAAUGUUACAGAAUCGGACAACCCAACUGUUGAGUCUGUUGAUGAGGGGGUUUCAGUAGCAAAAGAGAGAAACUCUUGCCCUCAUCUUGUUAAAGGUGUGAAAUUAGAUAUUUUGUCUGGUAAGAUUGAGUCUUCUAGAUCCAUAAGGUGUGAAGAUUGUAGGGAAGGGGCGGCUGAUAGGAGGAGUGGUAAAGGAAAAGGUAAACACGUGAAGAAGAAAGGUGGUGCAUCAUUAGACUCCAAAUCUGCCGAUUCGAAGUCUAUAUGGGUUUGUUUGGAGUGCGGCCACUAUACCUGUGGAGGUGUGGGGUUACCAACAGCCCAUCAUUGUCAUGCUGUUGGGCAUUCAAGGAAAACCCGACAUCCGUUAAUGGUUAAUACUGAAAAACCUCAACUUUGUUGGUGUUUUUCUUGUGACAUGCUUAUUCGUGUUGAUAAAAUUGAAAAAACUGAUGAAACGAGUCAUAUUUUGCCUGAUGUUGUGAAAUUGUUAAAAGGACGAUCAUCAGAAAAAUCGCCAGUGGGUAUUGAGGAUGUUUCCGUUGGGGGUGGCAGUGUUACUGCAGAAAUUAAGUCAGGAUCUUUGUCCAUAAGUGAUUCACAUGGACAAGGUGGUUAUGUAGUCCGAGGCAUGGUUAAUCUUGGGAAUACUUGUUUCUUUAAUUCAAUCAUGCAAAAUCUGCUUGCUAUGAAUAAAUUACGGGAUGAUUUUCUAAAGAUAGAUGCCCCUGUUGGGCCACUGAUCAGUUCGUUGAAGAAGUUGUUCACUGAAACAAACCCAGAGUCUGGAUUCAGAAGCAUUAUUAACCCAAGAUCCUUUUUUGGUUGUGUAUGUUCCAAAUCUCCUCAAUUUCGAGGAUAUCAGCAACAUGACAGUCAUGAAUUGCUCCGUUGUUUACUGGAUGGGUUGAGUACUGAAGAACUAGCAGGAAGGAAGCAGCAUGGUACUCUCAAAAGAGAUGGGACCUCUUCCAAUACUUUAGUUGAUGCCUUAUUUGGGGGUCAGAUCUCUAGUACGGUAUGCUGCAAUGAAUGUAGGCAUUCCUCAACAGUGUAUGAGCCUUUUUUAGAUCUUUCCCUUUCUGUUCCAACUAAGAAACCUCCGUUGUCUCAGAAGGCUCAACAAAUACCCAGGUCCAAAAAGACUAGACUUCCACCAAAAAGACUAGGAAAGGCUCGAGUCAAAGUUAACAGGGAUGCUGAUCCCAUACCCGUUCAAAAUGUACCUAGCCAAUCAUCGAGCCAUGAAUCAUCUUGCCCUGAUCAGUCUAUCAUAUCAGUAUCUGGAGAAAUGGUGGUUUCUUCUGCUGAUUGUACGGUAUUAGGGUCUGAAGAAGUAAACAGCACGGCCAAUAAAGAGGACUUAUCUCCACUUAAUUUGGUUACCGUUGAAGAGUCUCAACAGAUGCAAGUGCUCGACAGUGUUCCAAAUAAAACGGCAGGUUCAUCAGAUGAUUUUGCGUGGUUGGAUUAUGUAGAAGAUGAAACUGUGAUAGGUGAAAGUGCUUCCAUAUCUCAGAAGGAAGAUGCACCAGAGGUACAUGAUUCUGAGAACAAGGAUGAACAAUUGACUGUAUUCCCCGAACAACCUAGUUGUGAAACCAGUGGUCCUGUUUGUUCCCUUCCGGAGUAUCAAAACCUAAGACCUGAUUUUUCUUCAUCAAAUGUGUGGGAAGACGAGGCUCCUAUACAAGUUCAAAAUUCAGAAGUCCUGUUACUUCCAUACAAAGAAGAAACUUCCUCAGUUGGGGACAUCAUGGGAAGAGAUGGUGAGGACUCCUCAACUUUUUUGGGUGGUGGUCCAGAAGAAUCGGAGUUUGAUGGCUUUGGUGGCUUAUUUAAUGAACCUGAAGUUGUUGCUGGGCCUGCUCCCAGACCUUCUUCAUCCGGUGAUGUGGAAGCUGUUAUAUUAAUUAGAAACAACAGUGAAUCUGAUCCAGAUGAAGUAGAUGAUACAGAUUCUCCAGUCUCUGUAGAGAGUUGCUUAGCACAUUUUAUAAAACCGGAGCUUCUUUCAGAUGAAAAUGCUUGGCAUUGUGAGAACUGUUCAAAAAUCCUCCAACGUCAAAAGAAGAAAGCGAAAAAGCAGGCAAGAAUUCUGUCUGAUGGAAAUGUGAGUGGUAGUCAUGAUGAAUCAAAUCUUGCAUUUAACUCGUGUUCGUGUUCUUUAAAAGUCAGUAGUAGAGGAAAUGGAGAUAUUAAAUGUGACAAGGAUGUAGAAAGUUCAGUUUCACAUGUUCAGCAUGGCACAGAGCUGCAUAAUGGUGAAUUACAGUCUUCAUCUUUACAACAAGCUUGCAAGGAAGAAAGCUGCAGUGAUUCAGCUGCUGAUUCUUGUACUUCUGGAAAUGUCAAACGAGAUUCUCCAAUGUUCGACAAUGAUGAUGACAAUGACUCAGAAGAAUGCAGCGACAAAGAGACCGAAUCAGAAAGCAUGAGAGUGAAUAGGGAUGCAACUAAGAGAGUCCUCAUUUAUAAAGCCCCACCUGUUUUGACCAUUCAUCUAAAGAGAUUCAGCCAAGAUGCUCGCGGCCGCUUAAGUAAAUUAAAUGGUCAUGUUGACUUCAAAGAAACAUUGGAUCUUAGACCCUAUAUGGACCCCAGGUGUAUCAACGAAGAGAAGUAUGAAUACCAGUUGGUUGGAAUAGUGGAGCACUCGGGAACCAUGAGAGGGGGUCAUUAUGUUGCUUAUGUUAGAGGGGGCCAGAAGAACAGAGAGAAGGUCGAUAAUAAAGAAAACGAGAAUGUGAAUUCCACGUGGUAUUAUGCGAGUGAUGCUUACGUGCGUGAAGUUUCCCUUGAUGAAGUUCUUCGAUGUGAGGCAUACAUUUUGUUUUAUGAAAGAAAUUGA